GCGAACGUUAAUCCAAAAUUUUUAAUAUCUUUUAACAUUCUCAGGAAAAAUUUUAAUAAGGAUUACAUAGCCCACGUGGUUAAAGAGUUUUCAGAGGCAGUUGUGAGCGAUAAGGAGGUCACAUUGUUAAAAAUUGUUUCUUUGUUAAAUACAUUUGAUCCCGAUUUUAAACCUAUUCCGGUGUCUUGCCUUGACGCCAUCCUGAAAGAACAUCCAAGUCGAACUACGGGGGACUAUAAACGUAAUUUGAACUGGGAGGCAACCCUCAGUCAAGGGGUUCGUGUCCUCCUCAACUUAUCUUCCCACCAGCAUACCAAGGGCAACGCGCGGAAAUCCUUACGUGUGUUUAGUAAAAUUAUCGCCCAAGAAAUUCUGUCACGAAUGAAAGAGCGCACGG